AUGGAGACGAUGGAAGUUUGGUCAAGUAAACAAACUAAAAAAAUGCCAUUUCUAUUUUCGAUUGCGUGUUUUGAAGCCAGGAAGAGGCAGAAAUUGCUUCAACUAAGAAAAUCUGGGCAUCUAAGAUUCUAUACAUGUAUUUUCAAUGUGACCGACGAAAGCUUUGUUAAUUUCUAUAGGAUUGACAAAUAUAUUUUCAGAAGGAUUUUGGAGACAGUCAAGCCACAUUUGAAGGUUACGACAUUGUCUUUUCCAAUCCAAUUGGCUGCUGUAUUGCGAUAGCUAGAUACUGGCUGCUACCAGCUUGCAGUGGCCAAGGAUUAUCAGAUAAACUUUGGAUGCUGUACAUUCGGGAAGAUUCUGCAUGUAUUUAUUCCGUUGCUAGACAGGCUUCUCUGUCAGGAUGCGAUAAGCCUCCAAAUGUCUAGGCAACAAAUGCAGAUAUCUUUCGAGUACUUCUUAAGAAAAUAUCAACUGCCAAGAAUAGUUGCCUUUUUGGAUGGAACUCACAUUAGAAUACAAAAGCCGUUAAAUAAUUCCUCUGUUUUCUUUAAUAGAAAGGGGUAUUAUAGUUUAAACGCCAUGGUAGUUUGCAACAGCAACAUGGAGAUCAUCGCCAUUGGUGCCACUCACCCUGGGUCCUGCCAUGACUCUUUUAUAUGGAAUCAUUCCAGUGCCAAAGAAUACCUCUCUACCACUAUAAACCGUCAUUUUGUAUUGGCGGACUCCGGAUACGCGCUAGAGAGCAUUGUUUUAACUCCCUACAGGAGCGCAGAGUAUGGAACAUAUCGCCAUACCUUUAAUUUAAGGCAUUCUCGAGCUAGAAACAUUGUCGAACGGACUAUUGGAGUUCGCUGCCUACAACGAUGCUCAAUAUAUGAGCCAUUGUUUUGUUGCAGAAUAGUAAAUGUAUCCUGUGCUCUGCACAACUUAUGUAGAAGGUGAAAUUUGAACAUUUCGGAGGAAUAUCGAUUUGACGACACACAAGAUAUUUUAUACGACAAUGAAGUAGAAGGAGAUGAGGGAGAAUCUGAACGAGAUGAAAUUGCUCAUACAUAUAUGAAAUAUGAACAAAAAUAA